AUGAGCGGCCGUAUGCUCACUGCGGGAGCUCGGCCGAUGACGGCGCGACGCGCCAACUCCUCGGCUGUCCGCCAUCUCCAUCGCUUCCCGACCGGUGGUCUCCAACGUGCCGAUGCUUUGAUAAGGGCGACUAGGAGACGCAUGUGGUUUGGGGGUAACUCAUUUCACAAUGCUGUCGCCGUACGCAAUGCCUCUUUUGCUCGCUUUUUACCUAAGCUCGUCGUCAAGUUUGCCAGGAUACCUGCCCUGUUCGGAGGAGUGACCGUUGCCGGCCUGGCAUGGAUCCAGUAUCAAGCGAACCAGGCUGGAACUUAUGCAAUCAACGUCCUUAACACUACCAAAGACACUGUGACCGACACCCUGUCUAGUCUAUUUAAUGGCGCCGCAAGCGUUGCUGAACAAACCCGCCAGGGCUGGGAGACUACCAGGGAGCAGACGGAACUACCAGAAUGGCUCAAGAGUGUUUUGCGUAUUCACGAAGAUAUUGGAGCCGGUGGCUCCGAGCCUGGGGGCGAAGGAGGGGAGCCUAAGAAGAGCAGGGCCGGUGCCGCCGCCGCCGCCGGUGCUACGGCUGCUGCCUACGGCUACGAAAAGGAUGAGGAUGCACAGUACGAUGGCGAGAUUGCUCGGGACGACCAGAUGAUGCUUCUGACCAAGAAGAUGAUUGAGAUCCGGACCAUCCUGCAAAAGGUCGGGCAAUCGGGAACCUUGACCCUCCCUUCGAUUGUCGUCAUCGGAUCCCAGUCAUCUGGCAAGAGCUCGGUCCUUGAGUCCAUUGUCGGCCACGAAUUCCUCCCCAAGGGGUCCAACAUGGUGACUCGCCGGCCCAUCGAGCUUACGCUUGUCAACACGCCUGAGGCCAAGGAGGAGUACGGAGAGUUCCCCGACCUGGGUCUCAGGCGCAUCACCGAUUUCUCUUCGAUCCAGAGGACUCUGACCGAGCUCAACCUUGCUGUUCCUGACAGCCAGUGCGUUUCGGAUGACCCUAUCCACCUCACCGUCUACUCCCCAAACGUUCCCGAUCUGUCCUUGAUAGAUCUCCCCGGUUACAUCCAGGUCGUUGGCCAGGACCAACCUCUUCAACUGAAGCAGAAGAUUUCCGAGCUCUGUGACAAGUACAUUCAGCCCCCCAAUGUCAUAUUGGCUAUCUCUGCCGCCGAUGUGGAUCUUGCCAACUCAACGGCGCUGCGCGCUUCUCGACGCGUAGACCCCCGCGGCCAGCGGACUAUUGGUGUCAUUACCAAGAUGGACCUCGUGGACCCUCCGCGAGCCUCUGCUAUCCUUACCAAUAAGCAGUACCCGCUGAGGCUAGGUUAUGUGGGCGUUAUCUGCAAGGGGCCUCCAAGCCAGGGCCUGUUCAAGAUAGGCAGCUCAAGCCUGCUGGCCAGCAUCUCCAAGCAGGAGGGCGCUUACUUCUCGUCGUACCCUCUGGAGUUUGGCCCCGGAUCAGGUGUGGAGGUUGGAUCGACAACCCUUCGCAAGAAGCUGAUGCACGUGUUGGAACAGACCAUGUCGUCCAGCCUGCAAGGAACUAGCGAUGCCAUCAAGCAGGAGCUGGAAGAAGUGGUGUACGAGUUCAAGGUGCAGUACAAUGACCGCCCGCUUUCGGCCGAGUCGUACCUAGCCGAGAGCCUGGACGCCUUUAAGCACUCGUUUAAGCAGUUCGCCGACGAGUUUGGCCGGUCGCAGAUGCACGAACUGCUCAAGGCCGAGCUGGACCAGAAGGUCCUCGACCUGCUUGCAGCUAGGUACUGGAACAAGCCUAUCAGCGACCUGUCGGUGGCGAGGCCGGAGCCCGACAGCAUUGCCGACCUGCCCAAGGCGGAGCCUGACUCUCUGCACUGGCACCGCCAGCUAGACGCCUCAACCUCCAGCCUCACCAAGCUGGGUGUCGGUCGCCUGGCCACAACGGCUGUGGCCACCUCUAUCCAGGCACACAUUGAUAGGAUCAUUACGCAGUCGAGCUUCUCGGCGCACCCCUUUGCGCGAGAGGCCAUCAUGGAGGCGACGUCGACCAUCCUCAACGAGCGCUACUACAGCACCAGUGACCAGGUGGAGAACUGCAUCAAACCCUUCAAGUUUGAUAUCGACAUCGAGGACCGCGAGUGGGCCCAGGGCCGCGAGCACGUCCAGGGCGUGCUCAAGAAGGAGCUCAAGGACUGCGAGGGUGCCCUGGCCAGACUCGAGACGGACGUCGGCGGGCGUAGGAAGCUUAAGGAGGUCAUGGCGUUUGUCGACAAGGCUCGCAAGGGCGACAUAGUUGUCGAGGGUGAUGGGCGCAGCGGAGCCGGCGGCUUCAGUGCGGCACUCCUCGCACGAGCUCGCGAGGCCGUCUUCCUGCGUGACAGGGCCGACAUCAUCAGGAUGCGCAUCAUGGCCGCCAAGUCGAAGCAGUGCGCCAGCAAGAAGAACAAGUACUACUGUCCCGAGGUGUUCCUUGACGCGGCCGCAUCCAAGUUGGCCUCUACGGCCGUCCUGUUCCUCAAUGUCGAGCUCCUCUCCGAGUUCUACUACAACUUCCCCCGCGAGCUCGAUCUCCGCCUGGGCCGCCACCUCCCGGAGGCCGAGGUCGAGAAGUUUGCCAAAGAGGACCCCAAGAUCAAGCAGCACCUCGAACUCAUUCGGAAGAAGGACCUUCUCGAACUGGUACUUGGCAAGAUGGAUUCUCUCCGCCAGCUUGAGGGCAGGGAGAGGGAGAGGCGGGGUCUUCCCGCUACCGACAAACAGACUGGUGAGAAGGGACGGGGCCGAUGGGGCCUGUUCUAG